ACGGCACUCUUUAUUCUCCAUAUUUACACCCUUUUUCAAAUGCACAGACCGACGGACACGCACGCGGCCCUGCCCAGAGGUUCUUUGAUGCCUGUCGAUACCGCUGCGUGAUGAUGUCAUACGGCAGGCAGCGAAAGGAGGGGGGCAUGAUCAAAGGAGAGAGGGGAGGGAUGAAGAAGCAGGAGAGGAUAUCCAAGACAACAACGGGACAAAGAUGGCGACUGCUUAUGCCGCGGGACGUCCACCGGCGUCUGGACCUCUGCAUCGGCAGGAGGCGCCCGGCCCGCGCGGCAAGUGGGCUCGCUUGCCUUGUUCUAACAGGAUGACGGGCCGACGUGACACACUGGAACCGCCGGGCCAACCUCAGCCACCGAGACCGCCGGGCUAGCAACGGUGCAAAUGAUCAUGGAGAAGCAGUCCGUGCAGGUGUGGACAGAGAUGAGGACAGGUGUCUGGACGUCAGCUGAGCCCCCCGACCCUGCCUUCUGCACGCAGGAGCCAUGGUAAACCACGGUGCAACGUUGUGGAGAGGACUUGUUUCAGAGCUCGGUGCUCCUGACUGACUGACAGCCCGGCGGAGGGGAGUGACGAGCAGGAUGCUCAGGUGUCGGCGGCGCGCUCUCUCGGUCCCGUCCGUCACUGUGCGGCUGGUGGACAUGGGCUCCUCCGUGUACUGAGCAGCUGUUCAUGGUUGAGAAGCCCGAGAGUGAAUCGUUUGCCAGCGGAGUCGUUGCUGGAGGCGAAGAUCUGACCUCUGCCUUGUGCAAUCAGAGACAUGAGUGUUGUCAGAGAAAUACACGGGAUCGGGUACAGGGGCGGUGGCGGAGUCGUGGCCUCGCUGAGCGGCCCAUCCCACUUUACCGAGGAUGCUCCGCGACCCCCGGUUCCCGGCGAGGAGGGGUCUGACGUGGACCCCCCGGUCCAGUCGGCCAACACCCGUCCGAACACCCUCUCCCAAACUCUCGGCUAUCCCCCGUCAUCCUCAAUAUCUAAAAUGGGGGAUCCGUCGAGUUACACGCCCUCCUCGUCGUCUGCGACCCCGCGGCGCCCCGAUCUGGACUUGGGUUACGAACCCGAGGGCUCGGCCUCACCGACUCCACCGUACCUGAAGUGGGCUGAGUCCCUCCACUCGCUCUUGGACGACCAGGAAGGCAUCCAGCUGUUCCGAAACUUCCUGUGCCAGGAAGGCUGCGCGGACCUUCUGGACUUCUGGUUCGCCUGCUCGGGGUUCAGGAAGACAAGCCAAGACAAGAGGGCGAAGCUGGCCAAGGCCAUCUACAGGAAGUACAUUGUGGACGGAAGUGGGAUCGUCUCCAGGCAGAUCAAAGCGGCCACCAAGAGCUUCAUCAGAGACUGUGUGGGACGGCCGCAUCCAGACCCUGCAAUGUUUGAACAGGCCCAGACAGAGAUCCAGGCCAUGAUGGAGGAGAACACCUACCCUUUGUUUCUAAAGUCGGAUCUGUACCUGGAGUACACGCGGACAGGAGGAGAGAGCCCCAAACCCAACCCCAGUGAUCAGAGCCCUUCAUCGGGGCCCGCCAAGCCCGUGCCUGGGUACUUACCCACACUCGCCGAGGACGAGGAGUGGAGGUGUGGGGGAGGAGGAGUGAGGGAGGAAGAGGAGGAUGAGAAAGAUGAGGACGAGUGUGGAGACACACCAGCUGGUCGGCUGACGCACAGCCUGCUGAUGCCGACAGCACCGCAGAGAGUCUCGACCAGCAGGAGGAGGCAGGACAGCAGGGAGUACAGACAUUGGAGGGAGCCGGUGAACCCGUACUACGCAAACAUGGGCUACGCUCGCGCUCCAGCCACCAGCGCCAACGACAGUGAGCAGCAGAGCAUGUCGAGUGACGCGGACACACUGUCGCUGCCCGACAGCAGUGUAGAUGGUAUUCCUCCAUACAGAUAUCGGAAGCAGCAUCGUAAAGAGAUGCAUGAAAGUGCCAAAGCCAAUGGACGUGUGCCCCUACCUCAUAUACCUCGCACGUACCGAAUGCCAAAGGACAUCCACGUAGAGCCGGAGAGGUUUGCAGCGGAGCUCAUCAGCAGGCUGGAGACAGUUCUCAGAGAGCGAGAGGCUCAGGAAAGACUUGAAGAGCGGCUGAAGAGAGUACGACUGGAAGAAGAGGGGGAUGAAGCUGACAUUUCCAUGGCAACCUCCAUGUCUUCUCAUAGCAUACCACUCCCCCUGCCCUCAUCGUUUCCACCUCUCUACGGAGCCCGUUAUUCAGAGACCACUGCGAACACGGCAACGGUCGCCACCUACGGCGGCCUGGUUGCCAUGGAGGACUCCCAAGACGACGACCCGGAGUCUAUUUUGGAUGAGCACGUAUCGCGCGUGAUGAAGACACCAGGCUGCCAGUCGCCAGGGGCAACCAACAGCACCUUAGGAGGAGUUGGGGGUCGGCACUCUCCUCCCAAAUCAUCUCGCUCACCCGACGGGGGCAUCGGACCGCCUCACUAUCCCCCACACCGAGGGGGAGGUCACAGUCUUCCUCCUGCCGGGGUCAAAGCAGGUACACACCACCACAAGCCGCCGUACCACCACAGAGGACGAGAAGGGCAGGAGGAGGCGGGCUCAAGGGCUCAGCCCAACUUCCUGUGGAACGGAGACCCGGCCGGUCAGUACGCAGGGCGAAGUCGCAACUACGCCGACGGGGCUGGAGCUAGCACGAUCGAGGGAAUGGGUUACAGUAGUAAAGGGAGCACGCUAUCACGGCGAGGUUGUAAGAAGACUUCAGAGACGUCAGGCAAAGGCGACGAGAGUGGGCGGGGCAUGGAGACACAGGUGCCACUCGAGGAUCUGGAGAGAAACCAGAAGAUCCUGCAGUGGAUGAUGGAAGGAGACCGACAAAGGAAGACCACCCAUGGCGGCAGCACCAGCAGCUCCAGGAGGACGGGGGCCAGCAGCGAGUCGCCGCGUCCGACCUCAGUGGAGCGACCCGGAGCCGUGCACCCCUGGGUCUCUGCCCAGCUGCGUAACAACCCCUCAUCGGUGUCCACCGCCAUCCCCGGCUCGUCGUCCACCCAGGUCCAGCCCUCGCACCCUUUCAUCCAGGACCCGGCUAUGCCCCCCAACCCGGCUCCCAACCCCCUCACCCAGCUGGAGGAGGCUAGGAGGAGGCUGGAGGAGGAGAGGAGGAGGAAUGCACUACAGCAGGCCAAGCAGAGGCAUAAGUCUGGUAAGCGCCAAGGGUCCGAGAACAUGACGGUCGCUUACUACUUUUGUGGAGAGCCAAUCCCAUACAGAACAUCAGUCAAAGGCCGUGUGGUGACUUUGGGCCAGUUCAAGGAGCUGCUUACCAAAAAGGGCCACUACAGGUUCUACUUUAAGAAAGUCAGCGACGAGUUUGACUGCGGCGUCGUGUUCGAGGAGGUCCGCGAUGACGAGGCCGUCUUGCCGAUCUUCGAGGAGAAGAUCAUCGGGAAGGUGGAGAAGGUCGACUGAAAAUUUGGGAACAAGAAGACGAAAACAGAAUUGCGGAAGAAAAAAGAAGAAUCAUUUAAAAAAGAGGAGAGUUUGGAAGAUCAUUUUUCAGGUGGGAAGGAAAUUCAGCUGUGGGAUAAACGAAAGAAAGUAUAAAAGAUGGAAGGAGCAACGUGUGACGGGAGGGAGAUGGUGCUGCGUGGUAGAAGCUCAAGUAUUAAGGAGGUGGUUAUUUUUAAUGGAAUACCUAGAUAUCUGUGAUAACGGCACCUGGAUCAAACACACACCAAGCGAAGAAGCUGGGCCAGAUGAAACAGGAGGGGGAGGAGGAGGAAAGGAAACGUAAAUUAUUUCACCCGUCUUGUCUCCACUGUGGAUAUUCGAGGACGGGCUGUUCAAACCUGAUCAGUCUGACCAGUCUUCCGCUGCGAUGGAUGGAUGGAUGGAUGGAUGGAUGGAAAAGGGUGAGGUGGACUGCUGGAAGGGGAGAGGAUGAAGUAGUCUUCCGCCUGUGCUCUGGAGGAGUCUGUCCUCCGCAGACCAUUACGAUGCUGCUACAUUACCAUGAAAACUCUUCAAAUCGGUGCUCGGGACAGAAAGAAAAGCAGAUCUGCUCCAUUCGGGGGAGCCUCGCUGCCUUUCGCCGUCUCUGUUCCUCGUCAGCUGGCGACAAGGGGAGAGGACAGAGGAUUUAUUUUUUGGGGGGAGGGGGGGGGGGGGGGGGUGGAACUUUUCGCCCCGUUUCUCCUCUCAUUGACUUCAUAGCCUCAAAACACAGAGGAAACUCUCUCACCCUUGAUUCCCUAGAUGUCACGUAGUGAUCCCUCACAUCAACAUGUUCAGACGACAGUUCUCUACAUAACUUGUUUACCAAAGCUACAUAUUUUUGAUAAAGACAAGUGUCCUAGCUACUUGUUUGCAUUUUAUUUGAAUUGUGUAUAUGUACAAGGCAGGUACUAUUACUUACUAAUGCAGCCUAAUUUUCGUCAUAUCUCAACUUAAUUUUGUAUUAUUUGUGUAUGUUUUGACGUUAGUUCAUUAGUCAUUUCAGGGCAGCCAUUUUGUUCUUCUUUCCUCUCAAACCACACCUCAGCUCCGUACUGUUUAUCUUUUUUCAGUGUGCAGUUGCUGUUCUCCUGCGCGGUAGAUUUUAAACUUAGGAUAACUUCCCCCCCCCCCCACCCCCCACCCUCAAAACUUGCACGCUGAAGGUGCGGCAACUUUUACCACAGCAUCUGUUGUUGUUUUUUUUAAACAGGUCACACUGUAUCCUCACGUUAUCUUGUAACUUCUCUGCUAUAUCGAGAGCCUUUUGUAUGUAACUCCGAGCUCAGUCUAGGUGCCUGCCUGGCCAGUGCCGUCACUAUCUAGAAUUCUUCUCCUGAAAGCGUGUUGGUGAGUGUGAAAGCCCGUGUCGGUCGUGUAUGUCUGAACUCAGCCAAAGAGCAUGUCGUACGUCCCCCCUAUGCCUACAUGCGUGUGUCUGUGCAGUCCCAAGUAUUGUUUUAUUUUUAUUUUAUUCAUCACGAGCAGAAGGGAAUCUCUCCUUUCCUCUUGCAAAUUCCCAAACGUCAGAAAAUUGCGACCUCGCUUUGAGUUUAAAAUCCUAAAAUAACAAGAGAGUUCGGGAAAAUGCACUUAUUUGCUUCCAUGCUGAGAGUUGGGUGAGGAAACUGACACUGCUCUCAUGUCUGUAUUGCACAUUUGAAGCUGGCGUCGCGGAGUUGACAAACUGGGGCUUCUUCUUCUGAUUAGCGUGAUUUUACUGCCUCGAUUAAUUGAUCGGUCUCUACAAUGCCACCCCUCAAAGUUGCUAGUUUUGUCUGACCACAGUUCAAAACGUAGAUAUUUGAUUAAUUUUUUCUAAGAAGCGGAAAAAUCUCGAACCUCCACCGUCUCCCCUUGUUUUCAGUCUUUAUGCUAAGCUAAGCUAACCGGCCCGUUGGCUGUAGUUUCAUAUUUUACAUACAGACAUGAGCUUGGUUGUCAGUCAUCUAAUUUAACUUAUAAAGAAAGCAAAAUAGACGCUAUGUAUUAUUAUUUUUUAAGACAAAUUCCUUCCUUUAAGUCCACAUCAUCGGGGUACAGCAGUGAGAAUAUCAUAAACCACCGUGCUGCACUUACUGCACUGACAACACACCAGCUAUGUAAGCUGAAUGUAAUCUGACUUUUUAAAAAAACUCUUUACCUCCCACACCCUCGAACGAAAUCCCCGUCAUGCGUCACGUCAUCAUGCCCGAGUCCAUCUUUUGAGUAUCGAUCUCCAGCUCUUGGCCCGUUGUGCGCCAUCUAUGCUGGUGGUAAACUGAAUGUGUUCGACCCAACGAAGGGGGGUCCGACAGAAAGUCUCGCAGGAAUGUCAAAUACAAUUUGUACCUGGGUUUGCUGCCCAGUAAGGGAAACAUAGGAUUGUAAAACAUGUUUUUGUCCUUACUUCAACACAUUUUGCCUUCAAUAUGAAAUUAAGAAAUUUAGAUAUGUAUUUGUUUAUGGAAAAAAAAAUGUAAUUAAUUUUAAUAAUCACCAAGCAUGUUCUUUAUAAGGAAUGUUUUCCUGAUGAGUUGAAUUAUCUGUUUUUUUGUUUUAAUGUUUAUGUGCAAACUGCUACGGCCCUCUGAUAUAUUUUUAUCUGUCGUGUCAGUGAAGACGCGCCCAGGGACAAGUUGAGAUGACAACAUUUGUUUAGAGUUGUCUCUUGUGAUUAUGAUUUUGACGGACAAAAACAAACAAGCCGCGUCCGUUGUGUUGUCGAUUUGUGUGAAACACAGUGCCUUUAUCAUGAAAAUCUUGCGAAAUAAUGUUUAUUGAACCAAUCCAUGCUUUUAAUGUAAGUUUUUUUUUUAAAUUUUCACUCGGUCCCGUUUCUAUUUUUAGCCGCAUUCACGCUUUGCUCACUUCUGUUCUGAUCGACUCUCUGCUGUAAAUAUGUACAUUAUCAUUUCAUACGUUUCUUCAGACCCGCACCACAUGUCCACGGUGUUUCUGUUUUUUCAAAAGGUGAACACCAAGAUGUCACUGUGCUGGUUCCACUUGUACAUUUCUUUUAAAAAGGUACUUCAUAAUAAAGAUGUUGAAUAAA